CUAGUGCUGGGGGUAUGUCUCUUCCAAAGCGGGCCUUCCGUUGGUGGAACACCUGACAAUUCCGAUACAUUUUUAAGGGUUGACAGCAUGUGUCAACCGAUACCUCUGUAUCUUCGUCUAAACUGUAUCAGGCGCCGUUACCGCACGUUCGACGGGACGUGCAACAAUCUGUGCAACAUAACCGAGGGCUCCGCCGAGACUGGAUUCGACCGCUUCCUCCCACCAGCCUUUCAGAACGGAGAUGGACCUAGACUCAUGUCUUCAUCUGGUGCUCCACUGAAGAACGCGCGAACAAUCAGUAAAAACGUGUUCAAGAGUACGUCUGAAGAUGUAGGUGGAAAACCUCCACCUUUCACUCACGUGACCAUGACGUGGGGUCAAUUUAUAGAUCAUGACAUCACGUUAACUGAGUCCAACGAGACUGCGGGAUGCGGGACCAACAACGAACAAUGUCCCACCAACAUUCCCGGAUGUAUAAGCAUACCGAUCUCACAGAACAACCCCGAUGAUCGACUGGCAAACAAUGUAACUGCACAAUGCAUUCCCCUAUCACGAUCAGCAUUGAGGGAUCGUGAACAGGUUAACUUAGUUUCAUCCUACAUUGAUGCUUCGAUGGUUUAUGGAGCUAAUUGUGAAGAGGCAGAGAGCCUCCGUGACAAAAUAGCAAAUACUGGAUCUUUACGCGUUCUCCCACUGCCAGUGAGACGCUCCGACAGGAUGCCAAUUUUACCUGAAGCUAGCCCAGAAUCCUUUUGUAAAUCACCGAGACCUGCAGUGAGGCCUUGUUUCCUAGCUGGUGAUUUUAGGAGAGUCAAUGAAAAUCCCGCGCUUAUGGUAAUGCACACCCUUUUUGUGCGUGAACAUAAUCGCAUUGCACAGUUCCUUCAUUAUCUGAAUCCAAUGUGGCAGGAUGAAAAGCUUUUUCAGGAGGCACGAAAAAUAGUGAUUGGUCAAAUACAGCACAUUACAUACAACGAAUGGCUUCCUGUUCUGUUUCCUUCUAAAAAAUUGAGAAACGACGAGGGCAUUUUACUGGAGUCAUCUGGCCGGUUCUUCAGCGGUUACGACCCAAAUGUGAGGGCGACAACCUUAAACGCAUUUGCAGCAGCGGCUCUCAGGAUGGGUCACUCCUUGAUUCGACAGACGUUUGGACAGUUCAGUAAAGCAUUUGUACGACUGGGAGAGAUCAAUACCACAACAUUUUUCAAUCCUGACCCACUUUACACUUUAAGGAACAACGGUAUCGACGGAAUUUCUCUAGGGUUAAUAAAAGAACCAUCGCAGAAGUUUGAUAGGAACUUCGUGGAAGCUGUACACGAAAGUCUCGUAAUAGAAGGACCAACCAUCGAGGGUUUUGUGGGAGACCUAAUGGCAAUCAACAUCCAACGUGGUCGUGACCACGCCCUACCACCUUACAUAGAAUUCAGACGAGCUUGUGACUUGGAUAAAAACUUAACCGGUGGCCUUGUCACAGAUUUUUCACAACUAACCAACAUUGACCCCGCGCAACUGGGUAAGAUUAAAGAGUCUUAUGACCAUCCUGCAGACAUAGACUUGUAUGUGGGAGGAGUCAGUGAAAGGCCACAGAAAGGGUCUAUAUUUGGGGAAACGUUCUCUUGUCUGAUUGCUCGAAGUUUCAAAAGAUACCGAUUUGGAGAUCGUUUUUGGUACGAAAGACGUGAUUCUUACACAGGAUUCACAAGCAGGCAACUGGAUUCUAUCAGAAGAGGUAGUUCCCUUGCAAGAAUCAUCUGUGAUAAUUCAGAUACUGUGAAGGAACUUCAAAGGCGUGUAUUUGAAAGCAGCACAGUAAAGGUUCACUGUGAUGACAUUCCAUCCAUCAACUUGAACUUGUGGAGAGAGGAUCCGGGAAUGGAGGAUGAAAAUCCAUCAGCAGAAUGUGAAGCUUGCACUGAGUCCAUAAAAGAGGGCCAGGUGAUGGGGCCAGAUGACGCAAUGUCCACGGGGGCGGUCUCUGUUACAACUUAAAUCUUAGGAUCAUGUCUUUUUUUCGGUGUUACGAUGUGUUAAGCAUUUCAUGGCGCAUUGAAACAAAUUUUCCUUGAGUGUGUCGAACCUUUUCAUUCCCUUUAGUCAACUAUUAAUAAUUUUAGCUAAAAAUAUCACCAUUACGCCACAGACAGGUGAUGAGACCAACGAAGAUAUCAGGUAAUAGUCUGGUUUAAGACUAAGUCGAGUCCUUACCAAUGACGGAAAGGGGAAUUUAAGGAGAAUUAGUAUUUAGAUCUAAGAAGUGAAAAGUCACAAUGAUAGAAGAUUUGAACAUUCGACGGCAAAGUUGGUUUUCGAGAUUUCCCAUUUAUUCCUUAUUCUUGUAAGUAAGUUCAGACACUGGCAAAUUAUUGCAGAGUCUUCGAUAAUCAAUAAAAUAUUUUCAAAGUUAAUUUUAUCGAGGCACUGUGUGACUUAAGUCUAGUUAGGAAUUAAUGUUGAAGGCGAAAUGACCAGGGACACCUUGAGCGAUAGCGCUUCGAACUUUUCCUUAUUUUGCUACUGGAAUAAAGAUGUUUCUGACGGUUUCUUCAUAAUAGAAGCUCUCAGAUGAGCCACUUUUCAUCGACCUUUUCGACAACGGUUCCUUUUGUUGGGAAACUUCCCGUGGAUUGGGGGGCUAAAGAUGCAACUCAUUCGUCAAGAACACUGAUAAUUAAAUACAUUGUCUCAUUAUCUAA